AUGGUCUCAGUUCAGAGCUGCACCAGGAGGAAUAUGGCUGGCUCUCCUCCUGCUUUACCAGGCUUUGGGAACUCGGGAAAGAGUUUUCUUAUUGACAAUUUGCUGCAGUCACAGACGCCUUCAGCACAUCCAGAAGGGACAGUAGGUGUACACCUGAGACUAGCAGCAUCUGAACACACAAGAAGAAGCUGGGGAUCUGGGCAUGGAGCCUACCAAAGUCAGGCCCACAGUCCGCAGCAGGUGAAAGAUUUAGCUGGACCACUUCUGCCGCACUCAGGUGUACUGAACAACGUUUUCCUGCGGAGCCCACAGUAUCUGCUGGCAUGCUGCGGUGGGUCCAGCCCCCCUCCAGUCUUCUCCAAGGGACCAAACUUUCGAAUGUGGUCCACAGAUAUAAGUCCUAAAUCACGCAGAGGGAUCCUUAGGAGAGCUGUGUUCUCUGAAGAGCAACGGAAGGAGCUGGAAAGAACUUUUCGGAGACAGAAAUACAUCAGCAAGACAGACCGCAACAAACUGGCAGCUGAUCUGAGUCUCAAGGAGUCACAGGUGAAGAUCUGGUUCCAGAACCGCAGAAUGAAAUGGAGGAACUGUAAGGAGAAGGAGGUUCAUAGCACUCGCUCCCCAAUGGAUGAGCUCAUGGCCCGAGGUCUCGCUCAGGAAGAGGAGGAACCAUCACAGAAUCACACUGAUGCAAAAUCAGAGAGAUCAUCACCACAGAGGGGCGUCAAGGACACAUAA